CCCCCCCUGAGAUCUCCUCUCCAGACACAACAAACAGCCCAUUCUUUCCUGAGAGCAUCUUGCCUCUCCUUGUCCUGCUUUCCACUCCUGUCACUCUUUCAACAGGACCAUCAUGCGUCGUGCUGCGUUGACAGCCGGCCUCAGUGCCACCACCGCCUACGCGGCCUCUCUGGCCGAUGUCUGCACCACCUCCAACGUCAAGGCGGCCCUGCCUGCCUCCGGUGCCAUCCAGGGACUCACCAUGAUCCCCUCUUCCGUCACGGCCUCCCCCGUCUACAACGCCUCCUCCAGCGGGGAGGUCUUCUUCCCCGAUGCCACCUACGACUACUGCGGUGUCACCUUCAACUACACCCACAACGGCCGCGAUGACACCGUUGCCCUGACCUACUGGCUCCCCGCCCCCGAGAGCUUCGAGAACCGUUUCCUCGCUACCGGUGGCAUGGCCUACAUGAUCAGCGCGGGCUCCGCUUACCUCCCCGGUGGUGUCAUGUACGGCGCCGUCGCCGGUACCACCGAUGGCGGUUUCGGAGGCUCCCUGGACACCGUCUUCCUGCUCGCCAACGGCACCAUCAACUACGAGGCCCUCUACUCCAUGGGCUACCACGGUAUCGGCGAGAUGACCAUGGUCGGCAAGGAGUUCACCAAGAACUUCUACAACAUGACCGAUGACAACAAGCUCUACACCUACUACCAGGGUUGCUCCGAGGGCGGCCGUGCCGGUUGGUCCCAGGUCCAGAAGUACCCUCAGGUCUACGACGGCAUCAUCCCCGGUGCCCCGGCCAUCCGCUACGGCCAGCAGCAAGCCAACCACCUCUACUCGAACGUUGUCGAGCAGACCCUUGGAUACUACCCCCCUUCGUGCGAGUUGGAGCGCAUCGUGAACGCCACCAUCGACGCCUGCGACUCUCUUGACGGUAAGGUCGAUGGCGUCGUUGCCCGUACCGACCUCUGCAUGCUCAACUUCGACCUCAACUCCACCAUCGGUCUCUCCUACUCCUGCGCCGCUAGCUCCUCCAGCGGCAUUGGCCUUGGCUUCGGCAAGCGCAGCGACCCUGCCAGCAACGGUACCGUUUCUGCCGAAGGUGUUGCUGUCGCCAGCGAGAUUCUGAAGGGUCUGCACGACUCCCAGGGCCGUCGUGCGUACAUCUCCUACCAGCCCAGUGCCUCGUUCUCUGAUGCCGCGACCGAGUACAACUCCGCCACUGGCGAGUAUGAGCUCGACAUCGCCUCCACGGGCGGUGAGUGGAUCGUCCGUUUCCUUGAGCUCAUCGAUGCCGACAACCUGUCCAGCCUCACCAACGUGACCUACGAUGUCCUCCGCGACUGGAUGGAGCUGGGCUGGAAGCGUUACGAGGAUGUGCUGCAGACCACCUGGCCCGAUCUCUCCGAGUUCGAGCAGGCCGGUGGUAAGAUCCUGACCUUCCACGGUGAAUCUGACCCGUCCAUCCCUACCGGUUCUUCGGUUCACUUCUACGAGUCUGUCCGCAGCAUCAUGUACCCCGAGCUGGGCUACAACGCCAGUGUCGAUGCCAUGGGUGACUGGUACCGCCUGUACAUGGUUCCGGGCGCUGCUCACUGCGCCACCAACGACGUGCAGGCCAACGGUCCCUUCCCCCAGACCAACCUGGCUGUCAUGAUCGACUGGGUCGAGAAUGGCGUCACCCCGACCACCCUCAACGCCACCCACCUGGCUGGUGAAUGGGAGGGUGACAACGCCCAGCUUUGCGCCUGGCCCCUUCGCCCUCUCUGGACCGAGAACGGAACCCAGUUCAACUGCGUCUACGACCAGCCCUCCAUUGACACCUGGAACUACACCUUUGACUCCUACAAGGUCCCUCUCUACUAAGCUUGCUUAGUUUGACCGUUCGAGGCUUCCUCCGGUCCCUCCGACACGACGAUUUGAUUCCUGUACAUUACUGUUGUGCCCCCACUCGCUGUUUAUAGAUGUUUGCUGUAGCGAUGAUCUGACUGUGCCCCGGAUGAGUGUCCGGGAUAGCACUGCUUUCUUUACAAUA